AGGUGCUUAUCGUGACAGCGGCCCUAUAGCUUUAUCGGUUAUGGAUGAGUCUACUAUAAGUAAUCAUGAAGAUGAAUCCAGUGGUGAAAUGUCUUCUACACGGGAUAAUAAUUUACAUUAUAGAAAUAUAAAUAUAAACACAAAUUAUCCGGAGGGUAGUAGUGAUACACUUAUCGAUGCAACGUUCCAUCAAACGUUUGAAACUGAAAAUAGCCGUGUAACCGACAAUACGAAACGCGAUGAGUCAUUGUUGACAUGUAACCGGCAGUCCACGCAGCGAACGGUCGGCAAAGUAGGUACAACACUUGUUGAAUCUUAUGCAGGUGCCGUAAGGUCUAAUAAUGAAUGGACAAUCGUCGAGAAGAAAAGAAAAAAAAAUAGACGCAUUGAAGGAAAAUUAGGGACAGUUGUAAUCGGAACAGAUGAGAUGUUUAGAGCUGCUGAGAGAAAAAUACCACUGUUUAUUACUAAUGUGCAUAAAAAUACGUCAGAAUCAGAUAUCGUUCGAUACAUUUGUAAGAUGACACAAGAAACAGUAGCAUUAGAGAAAAUAUCCAUUAAGCGUCAAUGUGAUUACAAUGCAUUCAAAUUCUUUGUAGCACAAAACAAAGUCUCGUUGUUUUUGGAUGAGAAUAUAUGGCCAGAAGGGAUAAUUUUUCGACGGUUUAUUAAUUUUAAACUAAAAAAAUCGACUGGAAACGCACAUAUUUCCAUUGACGGCAUUACACACCAAAAUUAUGGAUAGUGGGAUCUACAACUUUGUUACCUUCAAUUGUAAGAAUGUGAAGCGCUCUGUAGAAGGGAUACGGGAAUUAUGUAAAAGAUCGGAUAUCAUAGCCCUGCAAGAAACGUGGUUAUUGCCGAGUGACCUAUCAUAUUUGUGCAGCAUAGAUUGCGAGUUUACAUCUACGGGAACGUCGGCGAUCGAUACAACGGAGGGAAUACUGCGCGGGCGACCGCACGGUGGUGUCGCGAUCCUCUGGCGGCACAGUGUAUUUUCCAAUGUUGUAGUAGUGCCAUGUGAUAAUCCCCGCAUAUGUGCGAUAAGAAUAAUGUUAAAAGGGCGGUCAAUCCUAGUGAUGAGUGUCUACAUGCCUACCGAUAUGUCUACAAACUUAGUGGAAUUUACGGACAUUCUCGGCUCGGUAAGUGCAAUCAUAGACAGUAAUAAUGUGGAUUGUGUUUAUAUUAUGGGCGAUUUCAAUGCUCAUCCCACAGAAUCAUUCUUUAAGGAAUUAUCUAUAUUUUGUGAGGAACAGGAAUGGACUUGUAUAGAUAUAGAAAUGUUGAAGGGUUCAUCGAACUGUUUUACGUUUGUGAGUGAAGCUCAUGGGUCGCAGCGGUGGCUAGAUCAUUGUAUAGUAUCGAAAGCGGCUGUGUCCUCUGUACGUAGAGUGCACAUACAAUAUGACAUACUCUGGUCAGACCAUUUUCCGCUGAUUCUUGAGUGUAAUUUAGACGUAGUUCCACCUAAGAUAGAAGAAGUAAAAUGUGAACGUAACAAUGUUUUGUGGGGUGACAGAGGCAUAGAACAAAUCGACUCAUAUUAUAAUGAGUGUCAUUCUCAUUUCAAACUUCUUAAGUUUCCAUCCGAGUUCCAUAACUGUGCCGAUCAGACUUGUAAUGUUAUACAACAUAGACAGGUCAUUGAUAAGUUGUAUAAUGAUAUAAUAAAUGUACUAAAGAGAGCGGCUGUAGCUAGUAGAAAUAACACACAUUGUAAGCGUAAGAAAAAGAAAAUUGUAAUAGGUUGGAAUAAACAUGUUAAUGAGGCACACAGGAAUGCCAGGCAGAAAUUUCAUGUUUGGUGUGAUUAUGGUAAACCUAGAGUUGGCUCCAUCUAUAAUGAUAUGUGUGAGGCUAGAAGAUACUUUAAGAAACGUCUAAAGUGGUGUCAAGACCACGAAGAACAAAUAAAGAUGGAUAUUCUAGCUUCACAUCAUUCUAAUAAUGACUUUCGGUCUUUUUGGAAGGCUACGAGGAAGCUUAGUACAAAGUCUGCCCUUCCUGUGUCUAUUGAAGGCGUAAGUAAUGCCGAGAACAUAGCUGAUCUUUUUAAGGAUCAUUUUACUGUUAAAUCCCCUUUGGGGCCAUCGCGUGCGGAGUUGAAUGUUGAGACUGGACGUGUGGUGGAAAUUAGAUGUACUGCUAGUGAAGUAGAUCGAAUUAUAAAAUCUAUGAGUGGAGGUAAAUCUCCAGGACACGACAGUCUCAGUAUUGAACAUCUAAAACAUGCUGGGCCACACUUGGCGAGACUGUUGGCAAUGCUCUUUAACUUUUGUAUAAGUCACUCGUACAUGCCGGAGGAGAUGAUUAGAACAGUGGUGAUACCUGUAGUUAAGAAUAAAAUUUCUGAUAUAACAGACAAAAAUAAUUAUAGGCCAAUCUCCUUAGCUACUGUUGUCUCAAAGGUGUUUGAUAGCAUGCUUAACUCUCGACUGACUCAGCAUAUAAAACUUCAUGACAACCAGUUUGGCUUUCAAACUGGACUGUCAACUGAAAGCGCUGUUCUUUGUGUUAAGCAUGCUAUUAGAUACUAUACAAAUCGAAAAACGCCAGUCCAUGCAUGCUUCCUCGACCUGUCGAGAGCUUUUGAUCUGGUUUCUUAUGACAUCUUGUGGAAAAAGCUCGAAAAUUUUCAAUUACCAUCAGAGCUCAUAAAUAUCUGCAAAUAUUGGUAUGGAAAUCAGCUCAACAGCGUGCGAUGGGCGGGGACUAUGUCGCAGUCAUACAGAUUGGAGUGUGGUGUGAGGCAAGGAGGGUUGUCUUCGCCGGUACUAUUUAAUCUGUAUAUUAAUGAUCUGAUUGUUGCUUUGAGUGGUACCCGUGUCGGCUGUCACAUAGACGGCAUUAAUGUUAAUAAUAUAAGUUAUGCUGAUGACAUGGUGCUGCUCAGCGCGUCGAUAUGUGGGCUUAAAAAACUCGUGGCUAUUUGCGAGUCAUAUGCUGCAUGCCACGGACUGAUAUACAAUGCUGUGAAAAGUGUGGUCAUGGUCUUUGAGAGCAGAGGCAAAAACUCAAUGGGCUUUCCAGAUAUUAAACUUAAGGGUAUAGCGCUGAAGAGGGUAUAUAAAUUUAAAUAUUUAGGACAUCAAUUGGCCUCGGAUCUCAAAGAUGAUGAUGACAUUGAACGGGAGCGGAGGGCGCUGGCGGUGAGGGCGAAUAUGAUAGCACGCAGGUUUGCGCGGUGCUCUAGACAAGUUAAAAUUACGUUAUUUAGAUCACAUUGCACAUCUUUCUAUGCAUGCAACCUGUGGGCUGUAUAUACUCAAAAAUCCUACAGCGACCUCCGUAUCCAAUAUAAUAACGCGUUCAGGGUGUUGAUGGGGCUGCCACGAUUCUGCAGCGCGUCAGGGAUGUUCGCUGAGCAUCGUGUAGAUUGUUUUUAUGCCACGAUGCGAAAAAGGUGUGCGUCUCUGGUGCGCAGAGUACGUGCCAGCACCAACAGCAUCCUGAGUAUGAUAGCAAGCAGGCUGGACUGUGUGUACGUUAAUCACUGCUGCGCAAUUUCCAAUGGAAUUGUGCAGCGGUGAUUAUCUGUAUACUACUUAAUAUAUUGUAUGUGUGUAUGUGUGUGUAUGUGUAUUGUGUAUGUAAAUUUACUAACAUUAGUUUUUAAGAAUAUUGUUACUAAUAAAUAUUUAAUGGACCAAAAAGUCUGAAAUAAAAAUUAUUAUUAUU